AUGGACUUCAAGGGCUACGCCCUGGCUUCUUAUCAUGGAUUCAACCUGGAUGUGGAGGAGCCUGUGGUCUUCCAAGAGGAUGCAGCCAGUUUUGGGCAGAGUGUGGUGCAGUUUGGCAGAUCUCGGCUUGUGGUGGGUGCCCCCCCGGAGGUGCUGGCGGUCAACCACACAGGACGCUUGUAUGACUGUGCAACUCCCACUGGCCAGUGCCAGCCCAUCUCACUGAACAUCCCCCCAGAGGCUGUGAAUAUGUCCCUAGACCUGUCUCUGGCAGCCUCCACCAACCAUUCCCAGCUGCUGGCCUGUGGCCCGACCAUGCACAGAGCCUGCGGGGAGAACAUGUAUGUGAGAGGCUCCUGCAUCCUGUUGGGCGCCCACCUGCAGAUCAUCAGGACAGUCCCAGCUGCCCUUCCCGAGUGUCCAAAUCAAGAGAUGGACAUUGCCUUUCUGAUCGACGGCUCUGGCAGCAUUGACAGAAGUGGCUUUAACCAGAUGAAGGACUUUGUCAGAACUGUGAUGGGCCAGUUUGAGGGCACCAACACCCUGUUCUCGCUGAUGCAGUACUCCAACCUCCUGAAGGUCCACUUCACCUUUACCGUGUUCCAGACCAGCCUGAGCCCUCAGAGCCUGGUGGAUCCCAUCGUCCAACUGAAAGGCCUGACGUUCACGGCCACGGGCAUCCUGAAAGUGGUGACAGAGCUGUUCCAUAGUAAUAAUGGGGCCCGUGAGAAUGCCAAGAAGAUCCUCAUUGUCAUCACAGAUGGGCAGAAGUACAAAGACCCCCUGGAGUACAGCGAUGUCAUCCCCCGGGCAGAGAGUGCUGGCAUCAUCCGUUAUGCCAUUGGGGUGGGAGAUGCUUUCAAAAAACCCACUGCCAAGCAGGAACUGAGCACCAUCGGCUCGGUGCCCCCGCAGGACCACGUGUUUGAGGUGGACAACUUUGCAGCACUUGGCAGCAUCCAGAAGCAGCUGCAGGAGAAGAUCUUUGCAGUUGAGGGAACCCUAUCGAGGACCAGUAGCUCCUUUCAGAACGAGAUGUCACAGGAAGGCUUCAGUUCAGUGCUCCCAAUGGAUGGCCCAGUUCUGGGGGCCGUGGGGAGCUUCAGCUGGUCUGGAGGUGCCUUCCUGUAUCCCUCAAAUAUGAGCCCCACCUUCAUCAACGUGUCUCAGGAGUAUGUGGACAUGAGGGACUCUUACCUGGGUUACGCGACCGAGCUGGCCCUUUGGAAGGGGGUGCCGAGCCUGGUGCUGGGGGCCCCCCGCCAUCAGCACGCCGGGAAGGUUGUCAUCUUCACCCAGGUGUCCAGGCAAUGGAGGCCAAAGGCUGAAGUCACAGGGAGCCAGAUCGGCUCCUACUUCGGGGCCUCCCUCUGCUCCAUCGACAUGGACAGAGAUGGCAGUACUGACCUCGUCCUCAUCGGGGCCCCCCAUUACUAUGAGCAGACCCGAGGGGGCCAGGUGUCCGUGUGCCCCAUGCCCAGGGGGCAGAGCAGGUGGCGGUGUGAGGUCAUUCUCCGAGGGGAGCAGGGCCACCCCUGGGGCCGCUUUGGGGCAGCUCUGACAGUACUGGGGGACGUGAAUGGGGACAAGCUAACAGACGUGGCCAUCGGGGCCCCAGGAGAGGAGGAGAACCGGGGUGCUGUCUGUGUGUUUCAUGGAGCCUCAGGACUGGACAUCAACCCCUCCCCCAGCCAGACACAGCCACCAAGGACGGCCACAUCUGUCUUCUCCAUGUGUAUUCCCAGCACCUGGUACCGUGAUGUCCAAAGCUCCGUCAGCUAUGAUCUGGCACUGGACCCAGGCCACCUGCUUUCUCGUGCCAUUUUUGAUGAGACCAAGAACUGGACUUUGACUCGAAGAAAAACCCUGGGGCUGGGGGAUCACUGUGAAACCGUGAAGCUGCUUUGGCCCGACUGCGUGGAGGAUGUGGUGAGCCCCAUCUUCCUGCGCCUCAACUUCUCCAUGGUGGGGGUGCCCAUCCCCUCAUCCCAGAACCUUCGCCCUGUGCUGGCUGUGGGCUCACAGGCCCUUUUCACUGCUACUCUCCCCUUUGAGAAGAACUGUGGCCAAGAUCGCCUCUGUGAAGGGGACCUGAGUGUCAGCCUCAGCUUCUCUGGCCUGCAGACCCUGAUAGUGGGGAGCUCCCUGGAACUCAAUGUAACAGUGACUGUGUGGAAUGAGGGCGAGGAUUCCUAUGGAACUGUGAUUAACUUCUACUACCCAGCAGGGCUGUCCUAUCGAUGGGUGUCAGAAACCCUGAAGCAACCUCACCAGCGCCCACUGUGCCUGGCAUGUGAGGCAGUGCUCACUAAGGAUGAGGGCCUGAGGAGCAGUAGCUGCAGCAUGAAUCAUCUCAUCUUCCGAGAGGUUAUUAAUAGCAUCUUCAUAGUCACAUUCGCUGUCUCCUACAAGGCCACCCUGGGAGAAAGGUUGCUCAUUAGGGCCAAUGCAAGCAGUGAGAAUAAUAAGCCUGCAACCAGCAAGACUACCUUCCAGCUGGAGCUCCCAGUAAAAUAUGCUGUCUACACAGUGAUCAGCAGGCAGGAAGAGUCCACCAAGUACUUCAACUUUUCAACUUCUGAUAAGAAGAGCAGGAAAGAGGCUGAACAUCGAUAUCGUGUGAAUAACCUGAGCCAGCGAGAUCUGGCCAUCAGCAUUAACUUCUGGGUUCCCAUCCUGCUGAAUGGCAUGGCUGUGUGGGAUGUGGCUGUGCAGACCCCUUCUCAGAGUCUCCCCUGUGUGUCAGAGAGGGAGCCUCCCCAGCAGUCUGACUCCCUGACCCAGAUUCAAAGGACACCUGUGCUGGACUGCUCUGUUGCUGAGUGUCUGAGGUUCCGCUGUGACAUCCCCUCCUUUGGCAUCCAGGAGGAGCUUGACUUCAUCUUGCAGGGCAACCUCAGCUUCGGCUGGGUCAGCCAGACACAACAGAAGAAGGUGUUGGUCGUGAGUGAGGCUGAAAUCACCUUUGACACAUCUAUGUACUUCCAGCUUCCAGGACAGGAGGUGUUUAUGAGAGCCCAGAUGGAGACGGUGCUAGAAGAGUAUGAAGUCCACGACCUUGUCCCCCCGGUUGUGGGCAGCUCCAUGGGAGGUCUGCUGCUGCUGGCUCUCAUCGCAGUCACACUGUACAAGCUUGGCUUCUUCAUACGUCGGUACAAAGAAAUGUUGAAUGACAAGCGUGAAGACACUACAACAUUCAGCGGGGAGGACAUCAGCUGUGAGGCCCCAAACAUACCUUUGUCCUAA